GCCCCGAUCUCCAUCACAUACUCGUGCUCAAUACCCUCUGCUACGAUGUCCGCUGGCCUGAAACUCUUACCGCCUUUCCGCGCUGACCACAUCGGCUCGCUAAAGCGCCCCGCGAAGCUCCUACAGAAGCGCAAGGAGCUUGACGAGGGCAAGGCGACGCUCGAGGAGCUUCGCCUCGUCGAGGACGAGGCGAUACGGGAGAUCGUCCAGUUGCAGCGCGAGGUCGGGAUCAAGAGCAUCACCGAUGGCGAGUUCCGCAGGCACAUGUUCUUCGACGGGGUGUUCGACAACCUGGACGGGAUGAAGUUCAUCAAGCCUGUGCCUCCUGAGAUGUUUAUGGACUACGUGCCGGACAUCGCCGCGUUCAAGGUGCACAACUUCAAGGGCGCGGACUCGUACAUCUGCGUGAGCAAGCUCAAGCGGACGAAGCAGUUCUAUGUACCCCAAUACGAGGCACUCAAGGCGCUCACGGCCCCCGAGGAACACAAGAACCUCAAGAUUACCAUGGCGGCGCCCGAGUGGUUCCACCUCAGGCACGGCGAGUACGCGUACCCGAAGGAUGUGUACAAGAACGACGAGGAGUACUUCGACGACAUCGCGCUUGCGUACCGCCAGGAGAUCGCGGAGCUUUACGCAGCGGGCUGCCGGAACAUCCAGUUCGACGACCCGCUACUCGCCUACUUUUGCGCUGAGUCCAUGAUCCGCGGCAUGGAGGAACGCGGCGUCGACCACGUCGCCCUCCUCGACACGUACAUUGCGACGUACAACAAGUUGCUCGCGGAGAAGCCCGCGGACAUGACCGCCGGGCUGCACCUCUGCCGCGGAAACUUCAAGAACGGGAUGCACUUCUCCGAGGGUGGAUACGACCGGAUCGCGAUCAAGCUUUUCAGGGAGAUCAAUGUGGACUGCUAUUAUCUGGAAUACGACACGCCGCGCGCGGGGACGUUCGAGCCGCUCCGGUGGCUGCCGCCGAACAAGUCCGUCGUUCUGGGGCUGAUCACGUCGAAGUUCCCGCAGCUGGAGGACCAGGAGGACUUGAUCAAGCGGGUGCACAACGCGGCGAACAUCAUCGCGGACGGGGAGGAGAAGCGCUCGUUUGAGGAGGCGUUGAACCAGAUUUGCAUUAGCCCGCAGUGCGGAUUCGCGUCGCACGCGGAAGGGAACCUCGUCGACGAAGCCGGCAUGCGCGCGAAGCUGUCACUGGUCGUACAGACCGCCAAGAAGCUCUGGAAAGACGCAUGAGAUUCUUCAUACGACUUGCAGGAAGCUGAGAUGUUGCGAGUCUAGGGUGUCAAUGGGUACAGAUCCUGCUCUGUUGUGCAGCAUGACUCAACCCAGUGUGUAUCAGUAGUAGUGGAAUGUGUCAAAAUACCAGUGUACAUGCUUCCUGUGCAAUGUGAUGAGUUGUCGC